AUGGACAACAGCGUGGAGACCACGACAACCGUGCGUGGUCGUCACACCAAAGUCCCGGCGAACCAGCACAACCGGUCUCUCGGGGCUGCUGUCGGCGGUGGUGGCGUGUUGUCCAGCACCCCCAACCCUCUGCCUGGCUUCAAGGGGACCGCUCGUUCGAACACGGGAGGCGCUUCAAACCGCAACAAGAGCUACAACAAGUGGUCGGCUUACCUGCUCAGGGAAGCCUGCGCACUGCGGAGGCUCAGCGGCUACUCGAGGUCAAAAGACACAGACAAGAUUGCAGCUGGGUUGACGCAGCUCGACAUCGUCAUGAGCAGGAGCAGUCCGUAUCUCGCUGACUUGGAGGACAAGGCAACAGGUGGAACGCCACGAUCGAAGCCGCCAGAAUCUAGCGCGGAGGCGCAACGAGUUCCUCAAAACCUCAUCACAGCGGUACGCGCUGCAAUCUGGAGUGGGCUCAGCCCCGAGCCGAACAAGAUGUACGACUGUGAUGGCAAGUCGUACGCGGUCGCCACCAUCAUGGCGGCGAUCAAGGAGGACGAUCGCGCCGAUGGGCGGGGCGAGGGCAUCGGACAGCGGAGGAAGAGCAAGCACUGCGUCCCUCGCUUUUGUGAACUUCUGAUGCAUCCGCAGUUCAGGGAGAGGUUUGGCGCCAGUAGGUUGCAGCUGAGCAAGAAGGAGCUGGACGCCAAGCAGAAGGGGACGACCCGGGACAUCCAUCUCGAGAUUUGGGAGGCGUUCAAGGACGAAAAGUUCAACGUGAGGUGCUUUCUCAAUUUUUUUUGCAUGUUCCAGUUUGAUCUAGGUGUAGUGGUGGUGGUGCCCAGUUCCUUCGCGGACGACAGCAACAUCUUUGGCGCCGGCAUCAACCCCAACGUCGUACACCAGCCGGACAUCAGCUUCCAGAAGUUCGCGACCGUGAGGGCCGACCUCUUCAAGGACCACGGCGAAAUGUACUCCAACUUCAAGAAAUCUGGCAGCAACGGAGAUAUGUUUUCCUUCUGCAAGGAAAGCUUAGACACAUACUACUUCGGGCUGACGGCCGAGAAGUGCCCUGACAUCCUGGCCGUGUGCGACCAGAUGCUCCCCGACGGCACCGCGAGGGAGAGUACGGGGGUGGAGACCGCGGGAGACGGACACAGUGGUGCCCAGGGCGCUUCGGCGGAUGCUAGUAAGCGGAAGGACGCGCAGAUCGAGAACACGGCGAAGGUCGCUAUGUCCGCGGUGAAUGGGGAGCUCGGCCUUGACGCCCUGUUCGGAACGUCGUCCGCACCCACGUACGCCGACGCCCCGACAUCCUUCUACGACACGAAGGAGGGGUUAGAGAACAAGACGGCCAAACUCGAAUAUAUCGCCAAGCUCCGCAAAGAACUCCAGGAAAUCAAGGAGGACAUCAGGAAGGAGAAGGAGCUGGGUUCGGACGCUGACGAAGAAGACCUACAGCUCUUGCGGGACCGGGCGACGACCGUGAGGGCCCAAAUCAAAAAAGAAACGGCGGCAGCUAGUGAGGAUGGCUAG